ACCUACAGUACUACUAAGUUAGGGAUAAGGGUUUAAGUGUUUAGGAGGUUGUCCCUGAUCCUUAUAAUAAUAUACAGGCCAAAUUUAUAAACAAAGGAAACUGUUGGGUGUUUCCGGUAAAAACAUAGCAGUAGAGCACGGUCGGGACUCGGGAACAGAGGCAAUCUUUCAUUAAGGUGACGGCUCUGAACGAAAAGACUAGGGUUUUGUCUGUGACAAGGAAGAAGACGGAGAUGAAUUCGUUAACCGUUGAACAAGUCCUCAAAGAGAAGAAGACCAGUGACCCAGAUUCCGUAAAGGAACUUAAUCUUGGCCACAAAGCUCUCACAGAUGUUUCUUGUUUGAGCAAAUUCAAGAACUUGGAGAAGCUUGACCUUCGUUUCAACAAUCUCAAGGAUCUUCAGGGACUCAAGUCCUGUGUGAAUUUGAAAUGGCUUUCAGUUGUGGAGAAUAAAUUACAAAGCUUAAAUGGAAUUGAAACACUAACUAAGCUUAAUGUGCUAAAUGCUGGAAAGAAUAAGCUCAAAUCCAUGAAUGAGGUAUCUUCUCUUGUCAAUUUGGGAGCCUUGAUUUUGAACGACAAUGAAAUCUCCUCCAUUUGUAAGCUAGACCUACUGAAAGACUUAAACAGUCUUGUUCUUUCUAGGAACCCUAUCAGUGAAAUUGGUGACUCACUUUCAAAGUUGAAAAAACUCUCUAAGGUUUCUUUGUCUAACUGCAGAAUAAAAGCUAUUGGCUCUUCUCUCAAGUCAUGCUCUGAUUUGAAAGAGCUAAGACUCGCCCACAAUGAGAUUAAGGCUCUUCCUGCUGAACUAGCUGUCAACAAAAGACUACUGAAUUUGGAUGUGGGAAACAACAUGAUCACAAAAAUCUCUGGUUUAGAGGUUUUGGGUACACUAUCUUGCUUGCGAAACUUGAAUAUUCGAGGAAACCCGAUCUCUGAUAACGAUAAGUCAGUUAAGCAGGUGAGAAAGUUGCUCCCCCCUUCAGUGAAUGUAUUCAACGCUCAACCCCUAGAUAAAAUCUCAAGGAAAGAAAAGCAUACCCGGUUUAAUACCGAUGAUGAAACCUUUGAUGCUCGUCACAACAAAUCAGCAGAAGAAGAACAAUCAAAAGAAGAUCGAAAAAUCAAGAAGAGCUCCAAGAGAAACAAGUCAGAAGAAGAUGAAGAAGAAGAUGGCAAGAGCAAGAAGAAGAAGUCAAAGAGCAACCCAAAUGUAGAUCAAGUUGAAACAGAAGAGAAGGAAGAAGAUAAACAGAAGAAACCCCCAAGUAACAAAGAUGAUGUUGAGAAGAAACAGAAAAGGGCUAAUCCAAAGGAGGAACUCGAUGCUAUCGAUGAUGCGGAAACCUCUUUUGCAGAAAUCUUUUCCUGGGACAAAGUGUCAAAGGGUUCUGAAGACAGUGUUGAGAAGAAGAAGAGAAGCAGCGUGAAAGAGACAGGUCUGGUGAGAGUGAUAGAUAACAAGAAGAAUAAGAAGAAGAAAACAGAAAAGAACCAAAGCAAAAGUGUAGUGAUUGAUCUUCCCAUGGAAGUUGAGAUCGGGUUGGGAGGAGAGUCAAAGUGGGAAUAAAACCGGGAAACAAACUGAAACUCCGGUGGUUCAACAGAAGAGUGUUCACACUUUAGAGACAAGGGACUGUUAUGUCUUAAAGCCCCAAACGGCUAGGGUGAAAGUACUUUGAUAUACUAUCUGAUUGUUAAGACUUACGAACAUAUAAAAGGAACAAAUGUUUAGUGAUUUCAAUCUCCUUCAUAAAAUGGUUUUGUAGUUUUGAGAA